AUGGAAGACAGAAGCCUAGUGAAGGAGAAUAUCUAUACACCAGAAUUAUAUUUUCUAAUAUCGAAAUUCCUGGCCAACGGACCACUGCGCGAAACGGCAAAGGUUUUGGUGCAGGAGUUGGAACAUUUGGACAUUUUACCCCGUCGUCUCGACUGGACCGGUCAGGAGCAUCGACAAUCGCUAGAGGAAUUGGAGAGAAAAUAUCCUCAUGUCGGUCCUCAACAUCUGCUCGAAAUAUGCAGCCGCUUCGGGCCACUGCUGGACAAGGUACUGCCACCGGCCGUAUCCGGUGUCAUGUCCGUACUCGGUGCCGGACGUCAAAGCCUGCUCCGCACGAAGGAAAGCGUGACCCGGCCACGCCAACUACUCGACUACUACACCCGCCAGCAUGGCCGCCCGCUGAGCAAUGUGGUGAACCGCAACAACACGCACAAUUUCGUGAAGGUCCUGUAUGGGCGCGAAAGUGCGGGUCCUCUAACCCGACGCCAAGCGGUACCAACGUCCUUCUACUCGAAGCAAACCCUACAACGUCGCACCCUUGGCCACCUGUCCGCGGUGUACUGCGUGUUGUUCGAUCGCACCGGCAAGUACAUCAUCACCGGUGCCGAUGAUUUCCUCGUGAAGCUGUGGUCCGCCAUCGAUGGCCGGUUGUUGGCGACAUUCCGCGGCGCAUCAGCCGAGAUAACGGACAUUGCGAUCAACCUCGACAACACGAUGCUAGCGGCCGGUUCAUUGGACCGUAUCCUGCGUGUGUGGGAUCUGCAAUAUGGUGGUCCAAUUGCGGUUCUGUCUGGCCACACCGGCAUGAUAACGUCGGUGAACUUCUGUCCCUCACCCAAGGCGGAUCUGCGUUUCCUGGUCACAACCAGCACGGACGGUUCGGUUGCGUUCUGGGAGUAUAUCACGCGCAACGGCAAGACGACGUUCUCAUCGAAGGCCACCUCGUACCAUGAGAAGCUACGGCCAGGACAGGCUCAAAUGAUCUGCGCCUCGUUCUCGCCCGGUGGCAUCUUCAUGGCGGCCGGUUCGGCGGACCAUCACGUGCGAGUUUACCUGAUGUCGGAGGACGGUCCGAAGCGCAUCCUCGAGACGGAAUCACACUCGGACACGGUCGAUUCGAUCCAGUGGGCUCACAGCGGGUUGUGGUUCAUCUCGGGCAGUAAAGACGGUACGGCGCUGGUGUGGCACUUCGAAUCGCAACAGUGGAAAUCGGUCCGGCUGAACAUGAACGACCGGCUGCCAAGCUGCCCGCCCGUCAACCCGGACGACAACAUCAAGCUGAAGGUGACGAUGGUAUCGUGGGACAACACGGACAACUGGGUGAUCACGGCGGUGAACGAUCACACAAUUAAGGUGUGGAAUGCGCACACGGGCAAGCUGCAUCGGGUGUUGCGUGGCCACACGAACGAGAUCUACGUGCUCGAGUCGCACCAGAAGGACUCGGGUGUGCUGCUUUCGGCCGGUCACGAUGGUCAACUGUUCAUCUGGGACAUUGUGGAGGGUGUCUCGAUAGCGAGCUUCGUCAAUCGCAUCGAUGAGCACUGCGAUGGUGGCAUCUACGACGCGAAAUGGUCCCCGGAUGGUAUGAUGAUUGCGGCCACCGACUCCCACGGCCACAUCCUAAUGUUCGGCUACGGUGCUGGCCAUGAGAAGCUGAAGCAAUUGCCACCGGAACUGUUUUUCCACACCGACUAUCGGCCGUUGAUACGCGACUCGGCGCUACACGUGAUGGACGAGCAAACGCAAACGAUGCCCCACCUAAUGCCUCCACCGUUCCUUGUGGACAUCGACGGUAAUCCUUAUCCACCGGCGUUGCAGAGGCUGGUUCCGGGACGCGAGAACUGUCCCACGGAUCAGUUGAUACCGAACAUAAGCGUAGGCGGUGAAGGAGCGGUGGCUGCAGGGGAUGUGCAACAGCCCGUCCCGGUAGCGGAGGGACCAGGUGGUGUUGCCGGUGGUGCUGGAGGAGCGUACUCGAACAUCGACCGGAUGAUUGAAGCCUUGGCACAUCGGCAACAGGCGGGAGCAGGUGAUCAGAAUGGGAUGCUGCUUGGUGAUGACGAUCAGCAGGCCCCGGAUUCGAAUAACGAUCGUGCCCGUGGUGCGGGACCACAUCAGCAGGGCCAGCAGCUAGCCGGAAAUGGUCGACCAAACGCUGGUAAUAAUGCCGGUGCCGCUGGGGGAAGAAAUGCUCCGGGAGCGGUACAACAACGAGGCUUCGGUUCGGCCGGUAACUGGCACCGCACGGAGGAAGGAUUUAAGUUCCACCGGCGACAGUACGUUCGUCCGAUGAGCUACUCGGGCAUGGUUAAUCUGAAGCAGCGUGUGUACGCAUCCGGUAUCCAGGAGCAUGAAGUGUAUCGGCGUGAGAUGCGGCGUCGUCCAGUUAUGAUUAACACUGCCAACACCGCUUCCGGUGUGUCGGAUCGAGCGCUGGGAGGAAAUCGGCGUGCGGCUCGCUCCGGUGGCGGUGCCAACCGUUCACGUCGUGUCGUAAAUGGUGGAGCCGAAGGAGGACCGAAUGGCGCGGGUGGUGGAGCGGGAGGCCGGCCAGCACCCGCGUAUCGGACGCGUGCGGUACGAGAGAACGAAUCACCGGAACCGGAUGAUGACGAUCCGGCCGAGGAGCAGAACGAUUCGUCGUCAUCCGAGUCAAGCAACAGUGACUACUCGACCGCCAUUGAGGAAAAGCUGGAUCUUUCCGGAAGUAGCUCGAGCGAUUCGCAAAGCUCUGACUACUCGGACUGGGUGUCGCACGAACCGGGUCGUAAUCUGGAACCUCCAAAGCGUUCGAAGCGGAAACACGUGCAAAGACGCGCCUACUCGCCACCGGAUCCGGAUCAACCCGGUCCGAGUAAUGCUGGUGCGUCGGGCACGAGCGGAAAUGCUGCAACAGGUGGUGGAGCUAGUCGGCGGCGUUCGACGAAGGUGCGGAAGAUCCCGCUGACGCGCGAUGGUGAAAUUCCGGAACAGUUCCGCCCGCCCGAGUGGCUGUCGGAAGUGAUACCACGCAAGGCGCCUUACUACCCGCAGAUGGGCGAUGAAGUCGUGUACUUCCGGCAGGGUCACCAGCGCUACCUGGAAGCGGUGCGGACGAAAUCCGUGUACAACCUCGGCAAUCGGUGCGAACCGUGGGCCACGAUGGACAUUCAAGCGCACGAGCUGUGCAAAGUGAUUGGCAUUAAGUACGAGAUCCGGCCACCGCGUCUUUGCUGUCUCAAGCUGGCGAUCAUCACGGAGGAGGGCGAACUGACGGGACGCUCGUUUGCCAUCAAGUACCACGACAUGCCGGAUGUGCUGGACUUUCUGGUCCUGAAGCAAACGUUCGAUACCUCGGUCGGGCACAGCUGGGGCCCUAACGACCGGUUCCGCUGUAUGAUCGAAGACGUGUGGUGGACGGGUCAGAUCGAAUCUCACAAUCAGCUGUCCGCCGACUUUCCCGACUCCCUGUUCAUGUGCUUCCGCGUGCGCUGGGACAAUGGCGAGUACGAGCUGAUGAGCCCGUGGGAUCUUGAGCCCGUCGACGAGACCCGCCAGCCGGAGGAAGUGGGUGGUGCGGUCCCGGUGCUGCAGGAAGAACUGCAAGCAACGCUGUACCAACCGAAACCGGAAGAGUGGCCGCGGGGCGAUCGGGACGCGUCCUGUCGUCGCAUCAUCGCCGGACUCGAACAGGUGAUGGGACUUGCGAUUGCGGAUCUCUUCCUGGCCCCGGUCGAUCUCAAUCUCUAUCCCGAGUAUGCGUUCGUGGUGGAGUAUCCGAUCGAUUUGAAUACGAUAAAGUCGCGAUUUGAAAAUCACUUUUACCGGCGCAUCACGUCGGCGCAGUUUGACGUGCGCUACUUGGCGACGAACGCGGAAAAGUUCAACGAAUCGCACAGUACGAUCGUACGGAACGCGCGCAUCAUCACCGACCUGUGCUUGCGUAUUCUGAGUGAUCUCAACGAAAUCGAUGUACCGGCGGUCUAUCAUCAGCUGGUUGAUACGUACCUUUCAUCUGAUUCGGAAACCGAGAGGCACCGUCCCGGUCCGUCGACGAGCGGUGCCAGCGGUGGAGGUGCGGGCCCAUCUGGCAGUGGCAUCACCAACAACCGGCGAACUGGCUCUCGGAGAUCACGUAGGUUAGUUCCCGAAGGUGACUGGCGUGUAGACUGUCGGGAGUUGCUGGAGAUGAUCUGGCAAUGUGACGAUUCGGAGCCGUUCCGAGAGCCGGUCGAUACGAUCGAGCAUCCGGACUAUCUGCAAAUCAUCGAUACGCCUAUGGACCUGCGAACCAUCAAGGAGGACCUGCUCGGAGGCAACUACGAAUCGCCGUACGAUUUUUGCAAGGACAUGCGCCUCAUCUUUCAAAAUUCGCGCAACUACAACACGAACAAACGGUCGAGGAUCUACUCGAUGACGCUUCGGUUAAGCACGCUCUUCGAGGCGCACAUAAAGGCUGUCAUUUACAACUGGAAGUCUGCUAGAAGGCGUAGCCGGGGCGGUGGUGGUGGUGGCAAUCAUGAACUGGACACGACCGGCGGAAGCAACGGGUUGGCUUCUCCGUUAAAGCGACGACGACGCGAUCGCCGAGAUGGAGCUGGUCCAAGCAGCCGUAGGAAUGCCGGUGCGCUAAACACCAGCUCUGGAAGUGGCAUGAAUACCAGUGGAAGUUCUUCGCGGACGGCGGCCAGCCACAAUGACGCCCAAACGGACGACGAUGAUGAGGAUGAAGACGAUGACGAGGAGGAAGAUGAGGACAUGGAUCGACGAGCGGUGAAAAAUCGCUCCGGCAAACGCACGCGGAACGGUGGCAUGCUAUCGACGUCGUCCCGUCGCGGCCAAGGAUCGGCGACGGUGGCUGGUUCCAAUGGCGUUUCGUCGUCAUCUGCGGGAAGCUCGAAUGUGAUAGAUCCGCUCUCGAUUCCGGGUCCCAGUAGCAGCCGCAGCAGUCGAGCGGUGAUGGCCAGUGGUGGGCGUAGGAUAGCGCGACGUGUCCGGCGAUCUCAGGACGAGGACGACGAGGAAGAAGCGGCCAGCAGCGACGAAACGGAUGUGAGCAGCAGCGAGAACACGUCGAGCGAAUCCGACAGUGACGACGACGAUGAUGAUGAUAGCACGGGUGUGCCGGUGUCCCAUCGUGCUGAUUACGAUUCGGGUGAGAUGUACAAUCCUUACAAGCGGCGCACGCAACGGCCCAAGCAGAAGAAGCGAAAGAAGGUGCGCCGAAAGACAGGAAGGGCGCACGCGGUCAGCUCGACGACGAAACGGAAAAAGCGUAUCGGGGUGCUGGAUGAUUCACCGGAGGCUGCCGGAAGUAGUGGCCGACGAGCAGCUGCUUCUGCGCGUGGUGUACGGCAAGAUUUGUUCGGGGAAACUGGACAGGGAGGAUCUGGUGUUAGUGGAACCGGUACACGAUCGCUCCGGAAUGGUACCAGCUCGUCGGUCGGAUCGUCACAGCCAACGGAAGGGAGCGAAAGCAAGCCAAAGACAUCGAUGUUGGGAAGCAAACGGCCUCGCCGAAGCGCCCGGAACCAGCUGGGUGUUUCGAGUGAUGACGACGAUGACGAUGACGACGAUGAUGAGGAUGAUGAGAACCAUAACAGCGAUGAUGAUGCUGGAGCACCGUCGACGGGUGGAACGGUGGAGGGACGCCAACAUCGAGGACCACCGUCGAAGCGUAGUCGCAAUCGGUACGAAUCGGAUCACAGCUACCACAAGGAGCGUCCGAAAACGGCGCGUAUCGUGUCGGAUUCGGAGAAUGAAACCGGUGGUGAACCACCGCGAUCAACGAGGGGAAGCGUUCGAAGGGCUCGUGCCGAGUGGGGCAAGAGUGAGGACAGUCUUGAGGAUCAGAACAACGUCGACGAUGACGACGAUGAUGAUGAUGAUGAUGCUGACGACGACGAUCAGGAUCAACAUGAUGGAACCAAUAGUGUGGCAAAUGGUGCUUCAAAUCUUCACUCAAGAAACGACGACGGUGACCACGCGACGGAAGAUGAUGAUGCGGGACCAAGCACUCGGACGACGGUGGCCUCAUCAUCCUCGAGAACGAUGCCGACGAGGCGCAUGCGAGGCCGCAAGCUACCAUCCGAUCACGAGCAAAGCCCGGAAGAAACGAGCAACAUAAGUAAACGUAGUUCCGCGACGUCACGAAGCCAGCGGACCGUUCAUGGACGUGGGCGAAACUCGGCGUCUACCAGCACCAGAAACAACUGGUACGCCAGCGAUAGUGACAACGAAGCGAACCAGGCCGACACGGCGUCCGGCUCGACAUUGCCCGCUUCGACGAGUUUCCAUUCGACGCGUUUAGCGCGCCGUGUGCUUGUGGAAACGACCACGAGUUCUAGCUCUACGGUCACAACGGCCAACGGAGGUUCGGAGAUCGUGCGACGGGCGAUUUCCAGCACCAGCAGCACUGCCAUCGUUGCGAUGACAUCAUCCGGUCGACGAUUACGUGGUGCAGACGCGACCGCUGCUGCUGCGACACAAUCCGCGACUGGUGCUCCUACCCCACCGCCACACACGGUGGAUCACAAUUACGGUGAACCCGGGCCAAACUCGUCGGGGGCCGCCGUCCCAGGUUCAUCCAGCAGUAGUUCAGCAAGUGCCAUAGCGUCCACCGCCGCCGAUCGGAGCGUCGGUAGCGGUGGCGUUGGGACUGUGGCGGCGUUACGAAGAACCCGCAACCGCAGUACGGUUCUCUCGCGGCACCAGCAAAAUCCGGACGAGCUCGAUCAGGGAGUGCCGGCACCAACGGGUAUCUCACACGGUCGGCUAGAGGAACCGGACGCACCAGAAGCUGGCACGGCCAGAAACGGAAGCGAUGAGGACGACAACUUACCUUUACGCGCCGCACGAGUCGCUCGCAGAGUGUCAUCUGCCCGGCAGCUUCGUGCUCGUCCCGGUGAAGGUGGAACGCCACCGAAACGAAGAUCAACCCGCAUCUCUUCCUCACACGAGGACGAGCUGUUGGGUGGAGGAGAAGUGGCAACACCGGCGGUGCCAACCGCGGACAGCGAUAGUGAGGAUUCUGACGAUGACAACACACCGUUGCACAUGAUGGCGGGAUCUUCGUCGCGGACGCGUAGCACACGCCAGCAACCAACGGCAGCGGCUUCCUCCGGCGGGGCAGGUGCUCCAACGUCUCGGAAAAACGAAACCACCUCUUCGUCCUCGUACGGGGCCCAAAUGGGGUCACAUCGAACCCGUCGGAAAGAGCGGUAUUCAUCCGACGAAGAGUACGAGGUUCCCGGUCCCUCCAGUGGACGGUCAACGCGCAAACAAAAGCGCCCUCGGUACAACGAAGAAUCGGACGAGGAAGACUACGGUGCACGACGCGGUGGCCACGUCCGUGCACAACGUAAUACACCGCGCCAGCGCUACUCACGGGCGGUCGCGCACGAGGACGACGACGACGAUAUCGACAACGGCGACGAUAGUGAGAAUGACAUUGAGCGUGCGCUAGCAAACAUCCGGCAGCGGUCCCGCCGACAGCUGGCGGCCUCCUCGUCGCAACCAAGUGGCGAUACGUCGAGCACAGCGGCCAACAACGGUAGUACCACUAGUAGUCAUAGUAUUAGGAUGGUGGGCACCCAUCAUCACAGCACACAGCAGGAACAACCGUAUCAUCAUGCUACUCCUCCUUCUCGCCAUCAGUCAGCGGCCGGCAGCCAACCGCUGCGACGCGGCAUCGACGAAUCUGAGCACAGGCUGCGGCAGCAUCGAAACGGUGGUGGUGGUGCCCGAUCGCAACGCGCUAACCAUGCGCCGGAAGAAGCGGCGGAUGAAGGCGCUCGAGCGGCAGGUCCAUCGUCGAGGUUCCUGCGUGGCCGGGAACAGCAUCAAAUCGCGGGCAGAAGUAACCAUCGUCGGGGUGGUACCAACAAACACGAUGCUGGCGAUGAACACGACGAUGAUGAUGAUGACGAUGAUGAUGACGACGAUGAUGAUGAGCUGCUCGGUGCGGAGAAUGGCGGAGCGGAUGCGGCCACGCUGACUAGCGUUAGCAGUCGCGGUCGCGUGAGGCGUAUCAAUCCGCGGGUGCGGAAAAUAUUCGGCGAAUAGUACCACGCCACGGAUGGUUCCGCCGGGGAGGACAUCACCACCACCGGCAGUUCCGCUAGCAGUGCACACGAGCACGAUAACAACGGUAGCGUUAGCGGGGAAGACUUUUGCGAGGAGGAGCUGUUGCUGCAGGACGGUACCACGACCACCGCGAGCAGCCUCGAUGUACAGGUGGACGAUAUUAUCUACGACAUCGGCGAAGUGGUGAUGUUUCCGGUGAGCCCCACCGGUGCUACGAUCGAGGAGCUGGAGAUCAUUUUAGGUACUUAAAAAGCCAACCGGAAGCUCUACCAAACCCUAUCUACGAAUCUAUCGCCGAUAACCGCCAUCGGAAGGACGACGAAGUGGAACGGCGCUUGUUUGGUUGCCGUUGUAACGACACAUACAUAACGCAAGAGACGUGUAGCGAGUGAUGAUGCAGGCUCCGUUUCCUUCCCAACACCGGAAAAUCAAGCGUUCUCCCACAGAAUCCGUGCGCGCUGGAAGAGACACACGCAAAAGACUGAUUGUUAGGAGCUCGAGUCAAACGAACGUUACGGUCCGUUAUCGAAAUGCUGCUGCUGCUGCUACCGUGGUCAGAUCUUACACUAGUUCUAUGUUUUUGCUCCCGUUGCUUUCCGGCUUGUGGCUUGUGGCAACGAACGGACCUCCCGGCGGGUGUGUUUAAAUGUCCCCUGGGUUACACCGUUCGUGCCGCCGGGUCUGGUUUGGUUUGCACUUUCACUUGAUUGGGGCGCCAUUAGCGAGAGCACCACGGUUCGGGGAAACUCGACGAAACACGCGGGGGAUCUUAUCUCAUAAUUAUGUACGAUAUACUUAAGUUACUGUAAUUUCCUUAUUUAGUGAAGCAUUGGUGGGCGGAACGAGGGUCGCGCGCGGUCCGGAGUUACUGUAAGGGGAGGAGUUGUAUAAAAUAUAAUGUAAAUGUAAAACAAGCCCCGCACCACCACUACCACAGGCGCCAACGGUACCCCAGUCCUGCCGUUGUGGUCUGUUCGCCACCAGGUUGGGGUAAUGUACAACAGAAGUUAGCGCAUGAAGGAAUCACCGGCAGGGCAGUAGCGGAGGCGAGUAUCCGAGGACACAGCGAAUACCCGGCUCUGGUACUCCUGCGAUAACGGUGUACGAAUUCACCCCUGUCACCGGCCCUAUUAGGAGAUAAGUGUUUAGCAUAAGAGUGUUCUUUGUCUCCGUAUGCAUACUGUGGAAACAUAAACAGCUGAUUUGAUUCAAGAUAAGCGCUGAUGAAAAGUAAUAAAAUUGGAUAUAUAC